GACGGGCUAGCUUUCCAGAAGGUUCAGGGGCGGCAAAAAGGACCUGAUGGCCUUCGAGGAUGUGGCCGUGUACUUCUCCCAGGAGGAGUGGGGGCUUCUGGACACAGCCCAGAGGGCCCUGUACCGCUGUGUGAUUCUGGAAAACUUCGCCCUUGUGUCUUCGCUGGGACUCUCCACCUCCCGACCUCAUGUGGUCACCCAACUUGAGCGUGGUGAGGAGCCUUGGGUUCCCCAUGGAGCAGACACAGCCCCAACCCCAGCCAGAAACGCCCACAGAAGGCACAACCUUGGGUCCUGGCAUUUGGCAGAGGAUGGAGAUGAUUCUGGAGAAGUGGCAUCACCAGGAGCCUUUCCACAUAGGCCAUCUAGGAUACCUACUAGUAUCUGCCCUGCUGUGAGUGCCUGCCAUGCUGCAAAAAGCCUGCAGGGACAAUGUCAUGUGUCCCCAUCUCGGGAGAGGAAACCCACGGGGGUGUCAGUGAUCUACUGGGAGAGGCUCCUGAUAGGCUCAGGCAGUGGCCAGGCCAGUGUCAGCCUGCGACUGACCUCCCCUCUGAGGCCUCCCAAGGGCAGCCGGUCAAGGAAGACCCUCACAGACCACCUUGCACUGGGAAGGCAUCCCAGGGCACUCGAGCGGCAGAAACCGUGUACACAGGAUGCCCCUGGGAAAACCUUGGGGAGCGUCCAGGACCUGGAGGAUGUUAGCGUAGGGGGCACAGAUGGAACCGGUGCAGCUUGGCAUGAACCUCAGAGACUCCCCAGAGGCCAGGCGUCCCCAAGCUGGGAUGACCUGGGCGAGGCUCUCCAGGCCAGCCCUGGUCUCCUCCCUGGGGAGAAGCCCUUCGAAUGCAGGGCAUGCAACAAAGUAUUUGUGAAGAGCUCAGACCUCCUCAAGCACCUGCGCACCCACACUGGGGAGCGGCCCUACGAGUGUGCCCAGUGCGGCAAGGCCUUCAGCCAAACGUCACACUUGACACAGCACCAGCGCAUCCACAGCGGCGAGACGCCCUAUGCGUGCCUUGCGUGUGGUAAGGCCUUCCGGCACAGCUCCUCACUGGUGCGGCACCAGCGCAUCCACACAGCUGAGAAAUCGUUCCGUUGCAGUGAGUGCGGCAAGGCCUUCAGCCAUGGCUCCAACCUCAGCCAGCACCGCAAGAUCCAUGCGGGCGGGCGGCCCUAUGCCUGUGCACAGUGUGGCCGCCGCUUCUGCCGCAACUCGCACCUGAUCCAGCAUGAGCGCACACACACGGGUGAGAAGCCCUUUGUCUGUGCGCUCUGUGGAGCUGCCUUCAGCCAGGGCUCCUCGCUCUUUUUGCACCAGCGUGUGCACACGGGCGAGAAGCCCUUUGUCUGUACACAGUGUGGCCGCUCCUUCAGCCGCAGCUCCAACCUCACCCAGCACCAACUACUGCAUACAGGCGAGCGGCCCUUCCGCUGUGGGGACUGUGGCAAGGGGUUCUCCAAGGGCACUGUACUGUUGAGCCACCAGCGCAUCCACACGGGCGAGAAACCAUUUGUGUGCACACACUGUGGCCGUGCCUUCCGUGAGCGUCAGGCCCUCUUGCACCACCAGAGGACGCACACUGGUGAGAAAGCCAGCACCCCAGGCCCAGCCUGCACCCGCAAGCCAGGCCUCCUUCAAGGGCAUCAUCGGAAGAUGUACCGGGGAGGGAAGCCGAACCCACUCCCGCCACAGUUCCAGCUCCAGUCCCAAAGUCAGACAAGGCCUGAGGUGGCAGGUCGCAGCCCCACCUUUCCUGGCCUUCGAACUAUCCAGAAGCGACUCCCGGUCCGGUUCCCCAACUACGGACCCAGGAGGCCGCGGAGUCGCCAUUCUGGCCUCUCGGGAGGGCAGGGCAACUCUCCCGCCAAUGCGAUGGAGACCCCAAGAGAUGGGCGAAUGAGCUCCAGCUGUUACCUAGGGAACGACAGGGGGUGGGAGGGGCCUGAGCAGAGCGCCGACUCUGAUUGGCCAAAACAUACUCCGCCCCGCCCCUCACGUCCCGUAAUAAAGGCACCGGGACGCUGUGCACGUGCCCAGGAUUCUAACUUGGUGUACCCCUGGGGAGUUGCCGAGUCCUGGGAACCGGGUGUGAUGGAAGAGCUGCUGUCAGAGAGGCGCGGCACUGUGGAUUCUUUCAAGAGGAAGAGAGCGCCUCUCUGA